UUUUCUCGGGAUUUACACCCUCCCCGUCGCUGCAUCGCGCUGACAGCCAGCCUCAACACCGAUCCAGACAUCACCGUGCGCCCGUCGUCGCUCACAUCAUCAGCCGCACGGGAUGCUCCGGGUUGUACGAUUCCUGGGGUAGCGGUGGUAGGUCGGCCCGUUAUUUACUCUGGCUUCUAGAGAAGUGUCAUCUUCAUCUCCCGUGACAGCCUCACCGUGGACACCAAAGACUGACAGCAUCUGUGGGCGCUACGAUGGAUGUUUCCAGUGCGCUCUCGUGAUCUACGCUCACCGGCUCGGUGGGGUCGUUUCAGCUUCCGUUUUAAACGGAAAGGAUAGAUUAUAUGCACAGCUCCUGCCUGUACGCGCAGUGAACGGGUAAAGAUGGGGAGCACGACCUCUUGCUGCGUGUCUGGGAGCCCCAAGCUCCGCAGAAAUGCCCACUCGAGGCUGGAGUCGUACCACCAGGAGUCGGAUAUGAGUAGGGAGGAGACGGGAUGCAACCUGCAGCACAUCAGCGACAGGGAGAACGUUGACGAGCUGAACAUGGAGUACAAUCCAUCAGACCAUCCACGGGCGAGCACAAUAUUCCUCAGCAAAUCACAGAAUGACGAGGUAGCAUACAGGACUGUGCGGGAGAAAAGAAAGAGUCUCUUCAUCAAUAAUCACGGAACUUUGAGGCGCAAAUACAGCUCCUGCUCCACCAUCUUCCUGGAUGACAACACAGUCAGCCAGCCCAACCUCAAAUACACCAUCAAAUGUGUAGCAUUGGCAAUAUACUACCAUAUAAAAAACAGAGAUGCAGACGGUGGGACGCUAUUAGAUAUCUUUGAUGAGAAGCUUCACCCUCUCUCGAAAUCAGAGGUUCCACCGGACUACAAUCAACACGAUCCGGAGCAGAAGCAGAUUUACCGUUUUGUCAGGACACUGUUCAGUGCUGCUCAGCUCACUGCUGAGUGUGCAAUUGUCACACUGGUUUAUCUGGAGAGGCUCCUGACCUAUGCAGAGAUUGACAUCUGUCCAGGAAACUGGAAGAGGAUCGUUCUGGGUGCUAUCCUGCUGGCUUCCAAAGUCUGGGACGAUCAAGCUGUCUGGAAUGUCGACUACUGUCAGAUUCUCAAGGACAUCACAGUGGAGGACAUGAAUGAAUUGGAGCGACAGUUUCUGGAGCUGCUGCAGUUCAACAUCAACGUGCCGUCCAGCGUCUACGCCAAGUACUACUUUGACCUGCGAUCUCUCUCAGAGUCGAACAACCUCAGCUUCCCCCUGGAGCCGCUCAGCAGGGAGAAGGCUCAAAAACUGGAGGCCAUCUCCAGGCUAUGUGAUGACAAGUACAAAGAUGUGCGGAAAGCUGCCAGGAAGCGCUCGGCGAGCAUGGACAAUCUAUGCGGGAUCCGAUGGGUUCCUGCAAUCCUUUCUUAACCACUAAUAUGCUGUCAUAUAGUGAACAGUGACAUCGUGCUACAGACGCUGCCUGAAGGAGAAAACGUGUGUUUAUGCUCAAUGGAAGUGUUUCAGUGUGAAUGGACCCAGGAUGCAAAGCUUCAUUCUGGAACAGUGAGUGUAACCUGGCACCAUCCAAUGGACCUGGAGUCAAGAAUCGCAAACUACAGUUGUAGUUUUAGAAGAUUAAGCGAACAAGACGUGUUUCUACUUUAACUUAAUGCCUUCAUAGUGCCUCGAUAGUUUUGUACUGUAAGAGGGAAGGGAGUUACUGGUUGUCACGUCAACCAUUCAAAGACAUUCGGAGACAACUCUAGUUUUGGAGUAUAAAGGAAAUCCAGGACAAGACAAAAGUCUGAAACUUUUGAGGACAUGGCAUUGUCAACCUGUCUCAGUGUAAAAAGUCUCAGUUCGGUUUUCUGGUUUUGUCCAGACAAAUCUCUCGGUUUUAACUAGCUUCGGAGAUUCUAAAUAACCUGUCUUUCAGAUAACCCUGCGUAUUAUUUAUUUAUUUUCUAAGUACUUUUCAACAUUUUCAACCGUGUUUGGCAAUUAGUAGUGUAGCACAGGACUUUCUACUGGUUAUUUAUUUCUUUGAUGGGAGUAAGAAUAAUAAAGAUUUCUUCUCUGGAAAUAUUCAAGGUUUACAGUUCUAGUGUACCUCUUUAUGCUCAGGUAGUCUGGUUGAUAUGUCGAUUGACUUUAAUGCUCCUCAUUUCGGUUAUUGUGAGGAGAAAUGAGAGUAGAUAAUGAAAUAAACACCAUAGAAAGAAAGGGCUAGAAUACAUUAAAGGAUCCCUAUAGAUGUAUCAGUAUAGCAAAAAUCACCAGGUUUUCCUUCAGUAACAUGACUCC